AUGGUCGGAGGAUAUGGUGCCCUGGCCAGAAUGAUGGUUAGCCAUCGCAAUCAGGAGGUGUUCAGAAGAUUCUCCACAUUGAACAUCGAGAACAUGUUGCAUAUGCAAGCAGAGCUGAUGCACCUUGAGCUGGUUAUUGAUGAGGCUAGAAAGAGUGACAAGACAGGCCACUUCGAUAGAGGUUGGCUCAAUUGUGCUAAAGACAUGUCCCAGAUGGAUAUGGAGGACGUUUUCGAAAGAUUGAGCACAUUGAUGAGACAAUAUCAAGAGGCUGCACUGCGUACAACCCAACUCAAUGCUCUGCAAAGCCCCAAAAAUGAUGAUUUGGAGCUACGCAAGUGCUGGUAUGACCAUAAAGCCGGCGGUGACGACUUCUUGCGAGGACUUGAGGCUGGCAUAUUCAGAGACACAGCCAUGGAAUCGGAUGUGAUGGUUUUGAGUAAAAGUCCUAGUGGCAAUGACCCUCUAGCAAAUUUUUUGGGAGACAAAGUGGUACCAUUAUACCAUCGAAUGUUGGGACGGCGUAUUCAUCGAUCCAUGCCAGAGGAGUUCGGCGACACUUGGGACUAUACACCAGAGAUGCUAGUGCGAGUUGGCAACACCAUCUGCAUGCUGUUAUCAGCAGUGCUACCUGCCUUGUCGAUCUUAGUGCUUGUGUGCGUCCAAAGCAUUGCAGCUCGAUUGACGGCAAUUUGCCUGAUGAGCCUUGUUUUUUCUGUAAUAAUGAGCGUCGUUGCUCAGCGUCGAACUGACAUCUUUAUGUCAACAACGGCUUUCGCUGCCGUAUUAGUGGUGUUCGUGGGCAGUUCGAACGUCAUGGAUGGCUAA